AUGGAUGUGAGCCAGAGUUUGCGGGAGGAGCUGACCUGUGCCGUCUGCCUGAGCUAUUUCACCGAGCCGGUGACCAUCGACUGCGGACACAGUUUCUGUCGGAGCUGCCUGGACGGCACCUGGGGUCAGUUGAGGAACUCUCCCCUCACUUGCCCCGAGUGCCGCGGGCAUGUCGAGCCCCGAGAUUUCCAGCCCAACGUGCGGCUGGGGAAGCUGGCAGCCAUCGCCCGCAAGGCCGGGCCUCGCUCGCUGCUAGGCCGCAGCAGGCCGGGGGACGAGGACCGGGACCUGGAGGAAGGGAGGAGGGGACUAUGUGAGAGACACCAGCGGGCCCUGAAGCUGUUCUGCCAGGAGGACGAGAAACCGUUGUGCGUGGCCUGCCUGGGGGAAGGCCAGCACGGCCCUCACUCCGUCAGCCCCCUCCAAGAAGCCGUGGAAGAUUGCAAGAGGAGGGUGGAGCAUAGAAGACAAGGCAUCGUGGACGAAUUUGAGAAGAUACGGGGCUUCCUGCAAGUGGAGGAGGAGCGGCAGCUUCAGAGACUGGCUUCGGAGGAGGAGACGCUUCUGCAGAAAUUCGCGGAGAAUGAGAGACAAGUAGCUCAGCAGAGCUACGCCCUGAGAAAGAUGAUCGGAGAACUGGAGGAGGAGUUCGAAAAACCCGACCUGGAGCUGCUGCAGGGCGCAAAGACCCUUCUGAGAAGGUCUGAAGAAACGGAGCUGCGGUUACCCCAGGACACGUCCGGGGAGGUGACCACUCUAGUCCAAGUCCCCGGGAUGAGAGAGAUGCUAAAACAAUUCCAAGUGGCCGUGACUCUGGACGAAGAUACGGCGCAUCCCAGCCUGGUCCUGUCCGAGGAGAGGCACCGAGUGAACUACGCUCCCCAGCAGCGAGACCUGCCGGACAAUCCCCAGCGCUUUGACACCUGUCCUUUCGUGCUGGGCGUUCAACGUUUCACCAAGGGGAAGCACUUCUGGGAAAUGAACGUGGAAUUCACCCACGGUUGCGUGCUGGGCGUCUGUCUAGAGACCUCCCAGAGAAAGGGGCAGAUGCAGCUGAACGCUGAAGACGGAUUUUGGAUCCUCCAGAGGCCUAAAAACCACCAGCCUGUUUUGCCGAAACACUCCCAGAGACGGGUGGGGAUCUAUCUAGAUUAUGAAGGCAGAAAGGUGUCGUUCUACGACGUGGUCUGCAACGCUCACUUGUACACCUACAAAGACUGCGCGUUCUCCGGGCCUCUGCGGCCUAUUUUCGCCCCUUGUCUCCAGAUGGAAGAGGAGAUCACGGGGGCUAUUGUCAUUUUACCGGAGACAAGGUGA